AUUUCAUCGAUCUCAACAACAACUCCCCCAAUUUGAGAACAGAAGAGGAACCGGAACUACGGGGUCAAUUCUUUCAGCAUGGCUCCCUACGUCAAGAAGCGCAAAGUCCUCGACUCGAUUGCAUCCCGUCCUCAGAAGAAGUUCCGCAAGCAGCGCGCAUACCACAGCAGCUCCGAAGAUGAUGACGACGAGCCCACCGAAUUCAAGGCCGUCAGUCUGGCGGACUCGGACGCCGAGGAGGAAGUGAAGAAACCCAAGAAACAGACCAAAUCCAUCGGCGAAUCAACCAAGAAGUCCGCCCCCAAGCAGCAGAAGAAGCACGAUAGCUCCGACGAAGACGAGGACGAUGAAGAUAUGGCCUCCGACUCGGACGCAGACGACUCGGAAGACUUGGACGAUGAAUUCGAUGUGGGCGCAGAGUCGGAUAAUUCCAACCCCGCCUCGACGACAGGUGGUCGGGCUGUUCCCAAGCGCCAUGACCCUUCGGCGUUCUCGAACUCAAUGGCCAAGAUUCUGGCGACCAAGCUCCCUACCUCGAUGCGCGAAGACCCCGUUUUGUCCCGCAGCAGGACUGCCGCUCAGAAGAGUACUCAGGUGGCAGAAGAGAAGUUGGAUCGCCAGGCGCGGGCAAAGAUGCGCGCGGAGAAGAAGGAAGAGCUGGACCGUGGCCGUAUCCGCGACGUGAUGGGCUUGGAGCGUGGCCAGACUGGUGCGGUGGCUGAAGAGGAGAAGCGUCUGCGCAAGAUUGCCCAGCGUGGUGUGGUGAAAUUGUUCAAUGCUGUGCGCGCGGCGCAGGUUCGCGGAGAAGAAGCCGCUAAGGCGGAGCGGAAGAAGGGUACAAUUGGUAUGGGCGAGCGCGAGAAGGCUGUGAACGAGGUCAGCAAGCAAGGGUUCUUGGAUUUGAUCAGCGGCAAAAAGGGCAAGCCGCUGCAGAUCGAGGAGGCUUGAGGAAUGGAAAGUGUGAUAUUGACAUGUGUGUAUAUCUGGCAUAUCCAUGGCGUUUCGGGGGGUUAGGCUACUCUACGUUCCUGUUUCUCUCUAUUUUAUCAACAAUCUGCAU